AUCACGUUGCCGCUUCUUAGUUUCCGCACCAGCUCGAGAGACACGUUUUCAUUCAAGAUGGCCGAGGCUUCGCUGAAAGAGUUGGUGUCUUUGGAGAAAUACCUGGGACUCAAAAAGACAAAUAAAUACAGCACUCAAGGAGAGCGAAAGGUUCCAGUUCUUCAGACCAAAGAUGGCCAGAACAUAGUAGGCCUCGUGACCAUUGCCUGUCAUUUAGUGAAAGCUGCAAAGCAGGAACAGCUUUUGGGACGCACCCGUGAGGAGAGCGCCGUCGUACAGCAGUGGCUGGAGUACAGAAUAGUGCAGCUCGGAGCCCCGGGCGCCAAGGAGGAGGGCAGAUCAACCCUCCGGGACCUGAAUGGCUACCUUGAAGAUAAGGUGUACUUUGGAGGCGACUUCCUCAGCUUGGCCGACAUCUUGAUGUACUACGGCCUGCACUCCUAUAUGGUUGACCUCACAGUCCAAGACAGGGAGAAGUUUGUGAACGUGAGCCGAUGGUUUAGUCACAUUCAGCAGCUGCCCAACGUCCAGCAGCACCUGCCUCGUGUGCACAUCAUGAAGAACAGAAUUUACACAAAUGUCCACUAAUUAGGGUGGAAAGAGAAGAGAAUCCGAGGAGGGCUCAGCAUUGAAGAGCACCUGCCGUGGUCCCCAGUGCGGUCACUCGUGUCACUUUGGAGUGGGCGACGCGUCAAGUCUUAAGCGGAGACGUCCUCGGGUGUUGAGCACAGGAGCAGCAGUGACGCCUUUUCAUUGGACGUCCGACUGAGAUUUUGUUUUGUGUUUUGUGCCCCAUUUUGCCAGAGUAGCUUGAGGUCCUCGUUUCCAGUCGCUGGCAGCAGUCGGAGGCCCGUCGUCCUUUGAACUUUUCCUCUUGGCGUGAGUCUGUUUUUGGGUCACGUCUGUCUUUAAAUGGUGACUGGGCUCCUGACCACAGCUGGUGGUCUUCUUCGCUGCUCUGCUGCUCAUCGGAUUUCCUCAGUGCAGCUUUUCACCGCAGGUUGUUGCUUUGAUUUUUUUUUUUUUCUUUUUCUUUUCUGGAAUUCGACCAUCCAGUGAGACCACCGUAAGUGUUGGCAGUAAACCCUCCUGACGUUUUAUUGUCUUUUAAUUGUUCAUUUCAUCCUCAUCAUCUGCAUUAUUUAUUUGGGACCGUUUGCUUUUUCUAUUGCCAAUUAAAAGGUAUCAGAAGGCUUGGG